AUGAUGAUAUUCGUGUUCGAUCGAGUUAUAUAUCAUUGUUCAUUUUUACGUUUUUUAGAAAUUCGUAUGGCAGCACAGCAAACUAAUAUGCGUCGUCAUAGAAAUUCAAAAGAUGAUGAUAAUAUCAGUGUUAUUUGUUAUAAAGAUCCGGAGACGAAGCGAGUGGGUAUAUUAAGAAUUCAUCAGCAAAUUACAUGCGACGCAUGUAUGGUUGUACGUGGUACAUUAUCGGCAUAUCGUAGACAUUUAUUGACUCAAAGUCAUUGUGAUAGUGUUCGAAAAUUGUGUGACGAAAAUAAAUACAUGCCAUCGAUUUAUGAUAAAGCAUUUCAUCUUGCUUUUCAAAAUGGAUUCGAUUAUCAAAGUGAACGUUUUCAUUUUUUAUAUAAGCAACAAGAUGAUAAUGAUCAAAAAUCUUCAGCGACAAAUAUCAUCAAUACGAUGACAGAUACAAAUGAGCCAAAAAUGGAUAGUGUAAAUGAUAAGAAUGUUGAUGGAGCUGAACUAGUUGUUUCGAUAAACGAAACUUCCAUGAAAUCUGAUACUGUGAAAAACACAACACCGUUUAAAGUUAACAAUAAUCAAAAUAACAAAACGAAACGUCGUUUGGAAGUUACAUUGGUAUUUCAAAAUAAAAAGUAUUUAAUGGUUGGAACAGAAUUAGCAUUAAUAAGAGCAAAAUUACUCGAAGAUUUAGUGAUCGAGCGUAAUUCAGACGUAGCUGCAUUUCCGAUGAGUGUUUAUUAUAGAAAAAAAAAUAGUACGAUUGAUGAAUAUCAACAGUUGCAGACGAGUUCUGAUAAUAUCAUCGAUGAAUUAAAUGUCAAAUCGGCAUCAAGUGUCGUGAACAAUAAUAAUAAUAAUCAGAAUUCAGCAGUAGUAUCAUUACCAGGAGAAGCUGCUAGUUCCUCUGGUACUACCGAUAGUGUUGGUAUCGACGAAAAUGAGGAUGAUACAAAUUUACAAAUGAAAUUCGAUGAUAUCGAUACUAUAUCAGUUGUGCCAUGUACAGUCAAGCGCUAUAUAGGAUGCCCAUGGCAUGUGAGUCCAGAGAUGCCCAUUAAUGAAACAGUGCAGCAGGACGAUGAAAGCACAUGCAAGCAUGUGAUUGAUUAUUUGGUUUAUGAAACAUACGUACAUGGUGAACGGCAACGUUUAAAAUCGUUUAUGUUAGCCUCAGCCAGAAGAAACUUUCGAAAGAAAAAUAUGUAUUAUUGUGAUAUAUGUUGUGUUCGUGUGACAUCCGAGAUAAAUUUCUUUUUGCAUUUGGAAGAUCCAAAACAUAUUCGAAAUUUCUCUGAUUUUAAAAAUGCAUUUCUUCCAUGGAGAAAAAUAAUGCAUAUGAGUUUGUUGACGGGUAAACCAUUCAAAAAUCUAAUGGGACCAAAUUUGUAUGAAGAAUAUAAGCAAACAUUGGGAUUUUAUUGUGCGCCCACUGAAUUCGUAAAUCGUGGUCGAUUUAUGUGCGCCUAUUGUGAACAGUUAUUUCAUGACCAAUGGUUAUUGGAAAAGCAUUUACAUACAGCAGAACAUACGGCAAAAAAGUCAGCAUAUGAAGACAAAGAUCACAAAGAAUUAGUUGUUCGUUUUGCUAAUAGUUUAUUUGUGCCAGCCAUAUUUCGUUAUAAUGGCAUUACUGAAUUAGCUGAUAUUCAUCAUGAUAUAAAAAGUCGUUACAAUUGGCGUUUUAUAACACGUACACAAUUGAACGAAGAUACAAAUGUUUUUCUUAAUAAUUAUCCAUAUGAUACAUUUGAAGGUGUAACACGUGUUAAUAUGGAAAAUGAAAAUAUUAAAAAUGGUUUAAAUAAUCAUCCACCACAACAGCAGCCAGCACAAUUUUCAAGACGAGGCACUGGUACACAAUUUCCCAGCUGGAGAAAAUUCUAUCCUAACAGAUCAUUAGUCAAUAAUAUAGCGGCCGGUGGAAAAAAAGUUGGGCAACCCCCUAAACGUUCAAAUUCUGUAUCUGUGAACGGUGGUGUUAAACGUUUUCGCAAUGAACUUCCUCCUCCUUUACCUAAUACAAAUACAAAUUUACAUCAGAGAAGAAAUGGUACACUCGCAGGAAGAGGCCAGCGAGCAAGAGGUCGUGGUGGACAUAUUCCGUUGGGUCAUCAAAAUUUUCGUUCUGAAACACAAAACCUAUUUCCUAUGAAUGUUGGAAGGCAAACAAAUAUGGAUAAUAGAGACCCGAAUUGGAAUAAUAAUAAUUUUUCUGCACGUCCAGCUUAUCAACAAAAUAUACAACCGGGCAUUUACUCACAAGCUAGAGUGGCCUCGUCGUCAUUCGGUGAUGCUGGUUAUUCAAACUAUUCUUCUUAUGGUACCACAGAAAAUUACGAUCCAAAUUUUAUUCAUGCCGUGGCAAGAGCGGUUGCUCAAUAUCGCCCAGAAACAACGACAAAUCUUAAUCGACAAAUUGUUAAUCCUGGAAAUGCAACUAAUGAACUUAUUCACCAUGUUGCAAAUACCAUACAGCGAUCGACUCAACCAGUACAUCAACCAGCCUCGAUGAACUAUUCAAAUCGUCCUCAGUCUGAUUCAUUUGGUACAUCAUAUAAUACAGGUCCAAUUCGUACUUACGCCGAUUAUCGUUCAUCAACCGGCCCCUCUUCAUAUCCACCUAGCACAACAUACACUCCAUCUCCAGCGUAUUCAUCUUUUGGUAAUACAUCAUCGUCAUACGCAAUACCAUCGAAUGAUUAUACUGCAUCAAAUAAUUCGACUUACAAUCGUUUUGACGAUACGAUACCACAACAAAAUUAUUCAUCAUUUUCUUCUAGUCGAACGUUCAAUUCAUCACAACAUCAACAACACUUCUCUGAUCCUAUACGGUCAGGAGAUUCGUCAUACAGAAAUCAACAUCAACAACGUCCAGGUAUAGGUGGAAUAUAUCGCGGACAACGAGGGCAUGGUGGCAGAAAUAAUAGAGGUAUGAACAAUGGUAACAAUAUAAAUCAUCAGCCGGGUAAACAAGGACAAACGUUUUCUGGAGGAAGAAAUCAUCGUGGACAAAAUUUUAGUAGUCAACGUUAA